UGUGUUGGCUCUUAUUGUUUUUUAAACUCUUCAUUGUGUGUUGGAUUUUUAAUGUCAGCUGGAGCCGAGCACAAGGCUGGUCUUUUUAUUAAAGUUUAAGCGUUUUAGUGAUACACCUGCACAAUAAUGAAGAAAACCUUGGCGGACAUAUUUGAAUGUCCGAGCGAUGAGGAGGAGUUUCUCGGUUUCGGAGCUCCUUCUUCAGGCCAGUAUUCCGAGGAGAGCCGAGACAGUCUCAGCUCCCAGACCUUGUGGAAGCCGGGUCUUCGCUUUAGAUCUAAAUUCAUUACCAAUGAGCUGGCGCAGGUCUUCAUGGACACGGACAGUGAAGGGGAGUUUGAAGGUUUUGGUAAAGAAGAGAGCUCUCUACGUAACAGCUGGAUGAGUCCCUUGGAAUGCGAUCCAGAGGAAGACAGCGAUGACAUCGGCUUUUAUUCAGACGAUGACAAGGAUUCGGCCCCGCAAAAAAGGCGGAGCUCGGGAUUGUGUGUCGCCUUCAGAUUUCCCGCCAGAAGAAGCUCCACCCAAGAAAGCGCGGUGCCAAAGAAAUCCCAAGUUUCCCUGACCAGAAAUCCGCCUGUGGAGAGAAGCAGAAAGAGGAGAGCAGGCGCUGCAGCUCCACCUGUGGCUCAGAAAAGCAGAAAAGUCCAGAAAAGAUCCAGAAUGCCUAAUAAUGAUUCGGAGGAAGAGGAAAAACAGGAGGUGGAGGAGGAGGAGGAGGAGGAGGAGGAAGUCAAACUGACCGAGGCAGAUGUACAAAUACUGAGUCAAAGAGCUAAAAAUAUUCAAGAAAAUAAAGCAAUGCUUGCAAAGUUAUUUGCAGACCUGACUUCAUUACCUGAACUCUCCCAAAAGACCACACCUAUGAAGAAGAAAAAGCAGCAGAGUCCGAAAAAGCGUGCGUCUGUAGCCCAGAGCGAGAGGAGGAACCCGAGCCGCAAAGCCAGACCCCCGGAGCAUUUCGGUCUCGAACAAGAACCGGUCGUUGUGGCGAAACCGAGAAAGAGUGUAGAAUUCGACCUGAAGAAACUGAUGGAGAUUGAUGAUGAGCUGCGUGUGAACAGAGACACACCAAGAAAAAAAUACAGGAAGCGCGUUUCUGUACGAAUGCCAGACGACAUCACGGAGGAGGAGCUGGAAAACGUGGCUGACCGCGCUAAAGACAAAAUUCUUGAUAAAGAAAACGGCAGCACAUGUCACCAGUGCAGACAGAAGACUCUGGACACCAAGACCGAGUGCAGGAACCCGUACUGUCAGGGGGUUAAAGGGCAGUUCUGUGGGCCCUGCUUGCGGAACCGCUACGGAGAGGACGUCCGCACGGCUCUGUUGGAUCCGACGUGGGAGUGUCCUCUGUGUCGGGGAAUCUGUAACUGUAGCCUGUGUCGUAAACGCGACGGACGCUGUGCCACCGGAGCUCUUACUCACUUAGCCAAAUAUUAUGGCUACGACAACGUGAAGGAAUAUCUAGAGAGUCUGCAGAAGGAGCGUGACUGAGAUCCGGCGUGUGCAGGAACCUACUGUAAGACAUCAGAAGGGUUAAAGGAACACUGUGCAGCAUUUCUCUGCCUUAUCUCUACCCUGCACAUCUGUAGAGUAUGUGAAACUAUCACAGAUGGAAAUUUUUCACUAGUUAUGUUACACCGAAGAGCGAAACCGAAAACCUGUUCUUGUUUAGUUUUAUCCAGAUUUGACUCUGGAGUAAAUACAGUAGGCACAUGCAGUCUGUAUUGGGAUGUGUGUGUAUGUAUGUGUAUAUAUAUAUAUAUUUUUUUUAUAUUUUUUUUUUUCCUGCGUAUCAAUCAUAUCUGAAAUAAUAAAUCAUGCAGAUUAGGUAUUCCAUUCAUGAUUACCUUUUUGACUGAUAAAUUCACUCUCAAUCUCUCGUGCAAGCAGUAGUGUCCUCCGUGACGAUGUCUGUGACCGCUCUUGGACGUCCUUCCAGGUUUACUGGGCUUUUUACAGAAGAGUAAAUAUUUGCAUACAUAUUCCCGGAUUUUAUAUUCAACAUUUUACAGGUGCUUAAACAUCAUUACCAGGCCAGUCAGAGAUACUGAUGUGUGCUUCAUAUACAUGUUUACUUUCACAAACAAAUCCGUGUCUGUGAUUGGACAGAAUGUUCCUCUGGAGGAUUGACUAACACUCUCUUAUUAUAAAAUCUUUACCAGUUUUACAUUUCUCUAGGUUUUAAACGAAAUCUGUUAGAUUGUUUUGAAGCCUUUUAGACGAGAGCCAUUUCAAGACACUGAAUUCUGCUUGCAGUCGUUGUCUAUAUAAGGGAAGCGCUUUAUUUAAAACAGUUUUGCUUUAUUGGCUCUUUUUAUUCACAGCACUUUGCAUUUGAGACUAAACACUGACACUGGAUUCGAAGUGCAGUCUCUCAGUAGAUGUUCGUUUUCGAACCUGAUCUGUUAAAGAUGACCGACUCGGUUUUAGAAAUCGGCUCGUUUUAUGUUUGUAUCGCAGAAAGAGAGCUUUCAGUGUUAUAGUAAUGCUCUACUGUACUGUACUCUUCUAAGUCGUUUUAUCCCCCCCCCCUCCUUUUCCUGUCCCAGCCUUGUGUACCUUCUUCUGCUCAAUGUUCUACAAAAUCUGUUUGUUUUCUAAAUAAAUACCU